CACGCCUCCCGCUUCCUCCUCCCAUCCCUCGCCGUCGCCGGAGCCGCCGGUGAACCCUCCGUCGUCCCCAACUACGCCCUCGUCGUCCUCAACCAACAGCUUCCUCGAUUUUCCCCUCUUCUAUGGAAGCACGAGCAGCACGGGUGCGGCUCUGUGCGGAUGGUGGCGCGAACAGGGUGUAUGAUGAAAUGCCGAAGCUUUUCCCCGAUCAGGAUCCGCUUGACGUUCGAUAUAGGUACAAACCAGAUGUUAUUAAAGGAGACAUGGAUUCAAUUAGAUCAGAAGUACAGGAUUUUUAUGCUAACAUGGGAACUAAGGUAGUAGAUGAGUCACAUGAUCAAGACACCACAGAUCUUCACAAGUGUAUAAAUUUCAUCCUUGACUGCACACCCGAUCCGGACAAAUCUAAUUUAUGCAUUCUUGUUGCUGGCGCACUCGGAGGAAGAUUUGAUCACGAGAUUGGGAAUAUCAACGUCCUGUAUCGUUUCUCACCCACUCGGAUAAUUCUUCUGUCUGAUGAUUGCUUGAUCUAUCUUCUUCCCAAAACACACCAUCAUGAGAUAUACAUCCAAUCAAAUGUUGAAGGCCCACAUUGUGGACUGAUUCCCGUUGGCGCACCAUCGACCAGUACCACGACAACCGGGUUGAAGUGGGAUCUGAAUAAAAUGGGGAUGAAUUUUGGUGGACUGAUAAGCACUUCAAAUGUUGUUCGUGAUGAGAAGGUGACUGUUCAUUCUGAUGCUGAUCUUCUGUGGACAAUAUCCAUUCAAAAGCUGAUUUAAAUAAUUCUUUUCAAGUUUUAAUCAUGCCUCAUUGACAGGUGCCAAUUUUAUAUACAUACAGGAAGCUUAAUUUUUUUCACAAGGAUACAUUAUGGUUGCUAUUAAAUAUAUAUAUAUCAUACUAAUACAGAAAGGUGUCUAGUUAUGACGUUUUUCACUUGUUUUAUAUGACGUGCAUGCACCAGCUUGAUCUUAUGUGAAUUAAUACACUUUUAUUUUUAGGAUUGAUUUUGAUGAAUAAAGGUUUUAUUUUGAGUUUUAUUUA